AUGGAGCUUAUAAAAGAAACGAAACUUAUUAAAAGGGACAAAAGCGAAGUCGAAGCGAAGGAGUUUUUACGAAACAAGGACUUAGUAGGAUUUUUCUUUGGAAACCGAUCGUGCCCUUGGUGCUUGGGGUUUACGUCAUACCUCGAUGACAUUUAUCUUAAGCUACAAAAACAAGGAGCGUCGUUUGAGGUUGUCCUCAUAUCCAGUGACGAUAAGGAAGAAGCAAUGUUUGGCUAUAUGGAUCAAAUGGAGAUCGGAUGGCCAGCAAUUCCUUUCAACUCUGAUGUUCGUCAAAAGUUAAUCCAGCUCUAUGACGUACAGGCCAUUCCAGCUUUGAUUGUUGUGAAGAAAGACGGAACAGUUGUAACUAAGGAUGGCGUGGAAGAGCUUGAGGAAAAGGAAGUCGAAGCAUUCAGUGAAUGGUCUCGAUGA